CAGGGCUUUUGACCAAGAAAUAGCCUUUUCCCUUCUGUGGAGUCCAAUGGAGAGGGAUCCUUGAUCUUUGCCUAUCAUCCCCCCACCCCCUCAGGACAGUGAGGAUGGUGAGCUCAUGUCUGAGGCUGCUGGAAGCUGCCCUGGGAGAGUGUCAGGAGUGCCGCUUAGUUUUCUCUGAGACGAGCCCACCCGCCCAGCAAAAUAGAGUCCCUCAGGGUGACAGUUGACUUCCUGAAGGUGCCUCUUGGCCUGAAGAAGCCAGAGCUGAAGGAAGUGGUCUUGGGGCCCCCAAAGAGGCCCCAGCCCACGGCCCUGGAGCGCUACAAGGCAAGGCGCUCUGAGGCCAUGGACACUGAGUCCCAGUACUCCGGUUACUCCUACAAGUCCGGCCACUCCCGAAGCUCCAGGAAGCAUAGGGACCGGAGGGACAGACAUCGCUCCAAGAGCAGGGAUGGAGGCCGAGGAGAUAAAUCAGUGACGAUACAGGCCCCCGGGGAGCCCCUGCUGGACAAUGAGUCAACCAGAGGGGAUGAACGGGAUGAUAACUGGGGUGAGACAACAACGGUGGUGACAGGCACAUCAGAACACAGCAUCUCCCACGAUGACCUCACACGCAUUGCCAAGGACAUGGAGGACAGCGUCCCUCUGGACUGCUCACGUCACCUGGGUGUAGUGGCUGGGGCUACCCUGGCGCUGCUCUCCUUCCUCACCCCGCUGGCCUUCCUUCUGCUGCCCCCGCUGCUGUGGCGGGACGAGCUGGAGCCAUGCGGGGCGGCCUGCGAGGGACUCUUCAUCUCAGUGGCCUUCAAGCUGCUCAUCCUGCUGCUGGGCAGCUGGGCCCUGUUCUUCCGCCGGCCCAAGGCCUCACUGCCCCGCGUCUUUGUGCUGCGCGCCUUGCUCAUGGUGCUCGUCUUUCUGCUCGUGGUCUCCUACUGGCUCUUCUAUGGGGUUAGGAUUUUGGAGGCGAGGGAGCGCAGCUACCAGGGUGUGGUGCAGUUUGCUGUUUCCCUGGUAGAUGCCUUGCUUUUUGUGCACUACCUUGCCGUGGUCCUGCUGGAGUUGCGCCAGCUGCAGCCUCAGUUCACCCUCAAAGUUGUGCGUUCCACCGAUGGGGCCAGUCGCUUCUACAAUGUUGGCCACCUCAGCAUCCAGCGUGUGGCCGUGUGGAUCCUGGAGAAGUAUUACCAUGAUUUCCCCGUCUACAACCCUGCCCUCCUCAACCUGCCCAAGUCCGUCCUGGCCAAGAAAGUGUCCGGCUUCAAGGUGUACUCCCUCGGAGAGGAGAAUAGCACUAACAACUCCACUGGGCAGUCUCGGGCAGUGAUUGCAGCAGCAGCUCGGCGGCGGGACAACAGCCACAAUGAGUAUUAUUAUGAAGAGGCGGAGCAUGAGCGGAGGGUGCGAAAGCGUAGAGCCAGACUGGUGGUAGCAGUGGAAGAGGCCUUCACACACAUCAAAAGGCUACAGGAAGAGGAACAAAAGAACCCGAGGGAGGUGAUGGAUCCAAGAGAGGCAGCCCAAGCCAUUUUUGCCUCCAUGGCACGAGCCAUGCAGAAGUAUCUUCGCACUACCAAGCAGCAGCCCUACCACACCAUGGAGAGCAUCCUGCAGCACCUGGAGUUUUGUAUCACCCAUGACAUGACACCCAAGGCCUUUCUGGAGCGGUACCUGGCAGCUGGCCCCACCAUCCAGUACCACAAGGAACGCUGGCUGGCUAAACAGUGGACACUGGUCAGCGAAGAGCCAGUGACCAAUGGGCUCAAAGAUGGCAUUGUCUUCCUCCUCAAACGCCAGGACUUCAGCCUGGUGGUCAGCACCAAGAAGGUCCCAUUCUUCAAGCUGUCUGAGGAGUUUGUGGACCCUAAAUCGCACAAGUUUGUCAUGAGGUUGCAGUCUGAGACCUCUGUGUAACUGUGCAACAGAAUGGGGCG